AUGGCUCUAAGAUUCAAUAUUGAAGGAAUAACAGAGACACACCCAAUUGGACUUGAGAAACAAAUCAGGGCAGUUGUAUAUGGUAAUGAUAUUGACUAUUAUGCAGAGAAACUUAGACUGUUAAAUACAUAUCUAAUUUUCACUGUCAGAGUCAAAGUUUCACCAACUUCGUACGGAAGAGUGAUAAAUAAAUUUUACUGGGUGCUUGAUAAAGAAACUUUAAUUGAACAUGUCGAACUAACUGACGAGCUUGAGAAAUCACUGUUGCCUCCGACCAAGUUAAAUAUCACAUCUUUUGGUAGUAUUGCUCAAAUGACUCCAGGUCCUGCUGUGGAAAUUGAUAUUAUGGAAAUUGUUCUCCAUUGUGGCCUUUCAAAGUAUGCAAGCCGUAGUCAAAAUAGGUGUCGUGAGGUUAUUGUUUCUGAUGAUCAACAAAAUCAAUUUUUGCUCACUUUAUGGGACGACUUAGGAGAAAUUGAAGGAACUGAAUUGGAGGAUAAAAUAGAAAAGGAUAAAGAAUUUCCUAUAAUCCUUGGAAGGAACAUUGGAAUAUCUCCUUAUCAAGGUAUGAAUGAAUUACAAUAUUAUACUUUAUCAUUGCAAACUAAAUUUAACUCCACAAUCCGCAUAAAUCCUACUUAUUCACGGGCAUUAGAGCUCAUCAGCUGGUACUGA